AUGUUAAUGCUUGCUUAUUAUAUUUGGUUUUAUCAUGGAGCUUAUGUGCAUUCACAGAAGUUAAUAGAAAAGUUCGAAUUAGUUGAAUGUGAAGCUCGAUCAAUUAUACUUAAAUGGCAACUAAAUAAUGCUACUCCAGUUAAAAGAUCAAUUGUUAGUUGUUCAAGGUUUGAUGGAAGAGAGGAAACAUCAACACAAAUCUUAUAUAUGACAGGUUUUGUGACAAUAAAUAAUCUUGCACCAAAUACCAAAUACAAGUGUAAGCUUGAGGUUUAUAGUUUAUCCAUUGGAUCAAUGUCCUCAGAUUUUGUUUAUGCAGAAACUCUAAUAGGCGAUGCAUGUAUUCAACCUGUUGGCUUUGAGACUGGGAUUAUUAAAGAAAAUAAUGUUAUAAGUUCUUCAGCAACAAAUUCAAAAAAGAAAUCUAUAAGACUUUAUGAUGCAGAUGGUUUUUGGUGUUCAGCAGAUUCAAACCCUUACAUAAGAAUUGAUCUGGAAAGAAUAAUGACAAUUACAGGUCUUCUAAUUCGGACAAAUAACAAUGAUAUUGACACAAUAUAUUUAAUGUAUGGUAUAAAAAAUGAAAUGCAAUAUAUUUAUUUUGAUGACACUUGGAAAAAUCAAAUUAAAAGGACAUUUGACAGUCCAAAAAAUGGCACUACACGACAUUGGUUUUUGGAAAAUUCAUUUACAGUCAAGUUGUUACAGUUUAUAUCCUUGCUUAACAAAACACCAUUUUGUGUUCAAGUUGAAGUCUAUGGUUGCUCAGAAAUUUGUAGCUCAAAACUCAAACCAUUGUCUGUUUACCAUAUUCUCCAACCGAACACAUCUAUAAGUAACAAUACUAAAUUAUUAAAUCCUGAAAAUGUCUCUUUAUCCUGCAUUGAAAUUAAUCAGAGUCUUCGUUUUGAUUUUGGUAAAAUUUCAACUCUGAGUGGUUUUAUGAUGCUAAGUGAAAAUGUUUUUGUAAAUAUCAGAGUCCGAUAUGGAGAUAUUAUUGAAAAUAUGACCCUAAAACACGAAGCUUCUCAGACAUUUUCAGCAAAUCCUAUUCCACAUUCUUAUACAACAUUUUGGUUCAACGACCAAAUAUUGACAAGAUAUAUUGAAGUAAGACCUGUUUCUGAAAUUACUUGCAUGUAUGUUGUGUUUCUUGGAUGUAAAUCAGCAAAUAUGAAAAAACUGGGCAUAGAAAAUGAAUCACCUGAUAUAAUUCUAACAGAGUCAUCAUUCAACAAUCUUGGUAAUAAAGCAGUAAAAGGGAGGCUAAAUGCUAUGAGUUCAGACUGGACAGUUUCUAUUACAGAUAAAAACCCAUGGUAUCAAAUUUGUUUUCAAGUAAUUCAAACUGUUUCUGCAAUUGCAGUUCAGGGUCAGGGGUAUUGGAAUAUAGCUUACAUCACUGAGUACUCUAUAAUAUAUGGCUAUAGUGCAAACACUGUUUCAUAUGAUUAUUCUAUUAAUGGUUUACCUUAUCGUUUUAAUGGAACAAAAAAUCGAUAUGCUACAAGUGUGAGCCAAUUUCCUGUUGAAAUUUCAGUGCAAUGUUUAAGAAUAGUAAAUAUAAAAUUUUAUCACACUGCAACUGGAAGAUUUGAAGUUCUUGGUGAUAAUAUAACUUAUCCACCAAACAUUACUAUGCCUAAACUUGUAUUUAACAUCAAAAAUUCAACUGCUAUUGUUAAAUGUGUUGUGAUUGGUCAACCGGGUCUCCUUAUUCAGUGGAGAAAACAAAAUGAAAUUAUUGUUGACAAUAAAAUACAUUACAUUAUAAAAACUAGUGAUAGGUCCACAGAUGUCAAUGGAACCUACACAUCAGAAUUAGAGAUAAAUCCCUUAGUUCAUUUAAAUAUUGAUAAUGAUGAUACUCAAUGUCAUGGUGAUAAAAAAAAUGUGUCUUGUUUUUUUUACUACUCUAUAAGUACAGGCUACACAGUUUCUAAUUUAUUUGUUACAAACACAACAUUAAUAUACUAUGGUUUUAAUGCUGAAAUUGAUUUACCUAAUCUAACAAUCGUUGCAACUAAUUUCUCGAUAAAUAUUACAUGGACAACUGAACAAAUUGAAAGAGAUUUCCAAGUUUUUUAUAACUUCUUGCUAAUAAAACAUGAUGGUUCUAACAAGAUAAUACUAGACAACAAAACUAGCAUUAAAAACACUGUAAUGUAUAAUGCAAAACUAUAUACUUCUUACACAUUCCAAUUGAUAGCAUUUAAUCGACUAGGAAUAUAUCAAAAAGUCGAAAAAAAAAUUUCCUUAGAAGAAUUACUAAAAAAUAUAAAGAAAGGUGGUACAAGUUCUGGAGUUACUGGUGGCGUGACUGGCACUGUUGCAUGUGUAAUUGUUCUUCUAGCUGUUCUUGGUAUUUUACGUAAAAGAAAGAAAAAGCAUGACAAUAUAAAGGGAAUACCUUACAAAUUCAAAAAAGAAGAAGAAUGCGAUAAUCUUGAAACACUUGAACCAGUUUCUGCUUUUGAAAAUCCUUUAACAGAUAUUCUUGAUGAGAACCUAGAUAAAGGACAAUAUUUUGAUGAGGAGCAACCUAUUGAUAGGGAGCAACCCUCUGUGGCAAGGUUACAACUUGAGGUACAACAAAAAAAAACUGAAGUUCUUUCAGAUAAAAAGUUAGCUGAUGCUAUUGUUAUUGAUUCUAAUCAUCCACCAAUCAGCUUGAAAGAUUUCCCCAAACAUUGGGAUUGGUUGCAAAAAGAUAGUAAUUAUGCUCUUUCAGAAGAAUACAAAUGUUUAAAUGCUGGUCAGUUAUACACUUGGAAUGAUGCCCUCUUACCAGAAGUCAAUUUAAAAAAUCGAUAUGCCAACAUUUUAGCUUAUGAUCAUUCAAGAGUGCGUCUUGGAAACAGUUCAGAUGUUAAAACAAACUAUAUAAAUGCCUCCUUUAUUCAUGGAUAUACAAAGCCUAAUGUUUACAUAGCAACACAAGGUCCAAACACAUCAUCAUUAAAUGAUUUUUGGAGAAUGAUUUGGGAACAAGAUGUUUCAUUAAUUGUAAUGCUAACAAACCUUGUAGAAAGACAAAAGAAAAAAUGUGAAUUGUAUUGGCCAAGAUAUGGUGGACAAAUAUUCGAUGAUGUAGAAGUAAAUAUUUCUUCAACAGAUAACUUCUCAGAUUAUGUUGUUCGAAAAUUCUCAGUUAAAAAGGUUGGUUCAGAUGAGAAAAAGUUAGUUUAUCAUUUUCAGUUUCUUAAUUGGCCAGAUCACAGAGUUCCUGAGUUUGUCUUUGACAUUGUUCAUUUUUGUCAACACAUCAGAAAAGUAUUUCCCUAUGAGCACACACAAAAUCCAGUGGUGGUUCAUUGCAGUACUGGUGGAGGUAGAACAGGAGCAUAUAUUUGUAUUGAUGAAAUGCUGGAACUUGUAAAAUAUCAAAAUAAAGUGGAUAUUUUUAAUUAUGUUAAUUUUAUGAGAAGCAGAAGAAUCUCUAUGAUACAAUCUGAGGAUCAAUAUUUGUUUGUAUAUCGUGCUAUUUUUGAAUCAAUUACUUGUGGUGUUACAGAAACAAUCGCUUCUAAAUUUCCACAACUAAUCACUGGACUAUCUAAUGAAACAAAUUUAAAUUUAGGUGCAACCAAUGGUUUUGAAGAACAGUUUCAAAAGCUGAAAAUGUUUAUUUCAAGUCCUGUACCUGAGGAAUUUAGUAACGCACUCAAAGAUGUCAAUAAAGAAAAAAAUCGUAAUCAACAAAUAUUACCUAGUGAUGAAAAACGUGUAAUACUAUUGGAUGACAUCUGUAAAGGUGGUGACUACAUAAAUGCAGUUUAUAUAAAUGGUUAUAAGAAAAGAAAUGAGUACAUAGCUACUCAGCAUCCUUUAGCAUCCACAUUGUCUGAUUUUUGGACUAUGGUACUUCAGAAGAAAAUUGGUACAAUUGUAAUGCUUCACGACUCGCAUAAUGAAUCUAGAUUGCCAAAUUUACAUGGAGCAUUAAAACAUAGGAAUGACUUUAAAAAUGUUUCUGUUACUUUAAAGCAUCAAAAGAACAAUGGGUGUAUAACAUUCAAAAGUAUUCAAGUCAGCUCUUUGAAUGGUAAAGAUAAUGUUGAAUGUGUUAUUUUGUGUUUGGAAUGGCCAAUUGAUGGUGUCCCUGUUAAAAAUGAGGCAAUUAUGUUAAUUAAUGAAAUGGAAAAACAGCAAUCGAAACAUGGAGAAAAUCCAAUUCUUGUCUUUUGCAGUGACGGAGCAUCGCGAUGCGGAACUUUUUUGGCAUGCUCCAUUAUUUUACAAUAUUUGCAGCUCGAACAAGCUGUUGAUGUUUUUCAAACUAUAAGGAAGAUAAGGACAUCUCGAUCUCAAUUUGUUGAUAAUGUUGUUCAUUUCAGGUUUUGUUAUGAACUGGCUUCUACUUAUAUCAAGUCCUUUGAUUGUUACUCUAAUUAUGUCGAAAGUAAAAUUUGAAUAGUGCACGUAUUACAUUAAAAAGAUAAUACAUAUAUGUAUAUGUAUUUAAUAAUAUAUACAUUUAAUAAUUCAUGUGUGUAUAUGUAUACUAUAGUUUGACUGAUAUUUAUCAUAUAAAUUUGUUUAAAAUAAUUAGUGAAAAUAGACGAUGUUUGAUAACUUUAAGAUGAUAAUCGCUAAGCGCACAAUGAGUUCUGGUAUUGCCUGAGACAUUUAGAAUAUUCCAAACGUAAAUAACUUUUUCCAAUACUUUUUCUUUAUUUCAAUUACUAAAACCGUUAUAGCUCUUCGAAACUUUUAUAGUCUUUAAAUCCAUUAAUAAAUUUUAAAAGUUAUAAUUAAUAAGAACUACAUUAAACAUAAGCUACAUAAAGUUGUAAUGUGAAAUUUGAUUUUUAUACUUUGUUUUCCCCAGGCGAUCCCACAAUGCAUAGCGAAAAGUUCUUAAAAAAAAUAUCAAAUAUCGCCUAUUGCUUCAAAAAUUAAAUUCACUGAUUUUUGAAUAGUUUUUUUUUGUAGCUUUUGUAUUUGGUUUGUUUAUCUAUAUCAAUAAAGCUUUUUACAUUAAGAAAAUAUAAUAUGUAUGUAUUUUUAUACAGUAGUAAAUUAACGGAUUUAGUUUUUAAAAUAAUUUUUAUUUACAAUUUAGUUCAAUGUAUAGUAUUGAAUUAUUAUAGCAUUAAAUACUUUCAAUGUUUUUAUUUA